AUGGAAAAUAAUUCCAAUAAUUUGCCAAAGCAACAACCCUUUGGAAGACUUGUUAAUAAGCCUACGGCGAAAGUUAAGCCGGUGAUCAAGCAAGCGCCUUCGAUCCGCGAAAAUUUGGAGCGAUGGAAAGAACCUGCUUCUUCUGGGAACAACGCUGCUCAAAAUUCCUCCCCAGCGCCAACUUCUUUCAAUGCGAGCGGGAAUACUUCGAGCUUCAUGCACUCGCGCUCGUCCUCGAUUACUGGUGUAGACGAGGCCAAGGACGAUCUCUUCCAAGACGAUAUUUCGACUUAUAUCAACUCGCAAGUGACCGCUCAGGUUUUGCGCAGGACGAGUUUGAAGAGAAAAGAACUGUGCAUCUCGCCGAAGAGGGGCAUCAACCCACAGAAUCAGAAUCAUCGUCAACCGCGGCGCUCGGAACCGAUUUUGGAGAUUUCGAAAUCGAGUGCGCCUCUCAGAGACGAGGAGAUGAUUGCUGCUCUCAACAGGCCUGUAACUCGUCGUUCCGUGCCGCCGCCAGAGACGCGAAGAAGUCAGAGUAUUUCCGACCUGGCUGAUAUUAGCCGCUCUUCUGCCCCUUCCAAUGGCUCCUCGCAUCUGCCUGUAAAAUCAAACCCAGACAACAUUCGCGAAAAACUGCGCGAUUUCGUCAAGCGCCGCUCCCUCGACCGCACGAAUCCGACCUCGCCAACUUCUCCUAAAAGUUCCAUUUCUCCGACUCCGCCCAGCAACAAUGUCACUUCUCCAAAUACGAAUGCGCGAACUCCCGUCAUCAAAACUCCGACUUCAACGAGCAGCGUCGUUUCUCCCGACAUCCGAAAUCGAACGGAGAUUCCGCCUCCCGGGCCGAGCUCGAUCGCCCUUGCAAACCGCCUUGGAAACGCCUACGCGUCGAACCAACCGGGCACUACCAGCUCGAGUCAGAGUCUACACAAAAGUUCCAUACCGCCUUCUACUACUCGUUCCACCACAAGUGCAUUAAACUCGUCCUACGUACCACUCCAGUUCAAGCGCAACAAUCAUAAUCAAAGAAAUCAUGAAAACUCCUCCAGACCCGUCUCCUUCCCCGAAUCACUCUUGCCGAGCAUGCCUUUACCGCCCGUCUCCUCUUCCUCCUUCGACAAUUCCACUGGCUCUCUUUCCGGUGGGAAAAACUCGUCAAGUCCGUCGUCGCCGCGCGUCUUUCACUUCCGAACGCCUUCCGAUUCACGUAGGACGCCGAUUAUUUUUCCCCUCAACGAGGACCAAAGUUCUUCGCCCGAAAGCCCUGCUGCGGACAAGCCCCUUCCUGCCUCCCCAGUUUCUCCCCAAUCCUCAAUCUCGACCCCCGGAACGCCCGCCUCGCCGCCAGCGCCAAAAGUUGCCCAAGUCUCGAGUGUUACGUCUUUUCACAAUGCGCGGACGCAUCACCGCCAUAUAAUGAAACUGGAUCGUUGUCGUUCCGCCGAGAACAUGACUCAGCUCACAACAACUCCUACAAGCCGUCUCGCUGCUCUCAACUCGGCAGGAGAUUCGGGGCUUCGAGGGCAGAUAAGAGGAGGAAACAAUCAUGAAUUAAACGCGACGAAUUUAAUGCCCAGUCAGAGUAUGGAGAUUCUUAGAGAAGAAGAGACCACGCCAAACGGAAGUCCCUAUGGAGGAAAUGUUACUUUCAGAAAAGUUCGAACCCCCGUGAGGAAGAAUUCUGAUGAUGAGAAUAACUCGACACCGAAUAGUUCCAGACGAGGAUCAGCUAUUGCCGACAAGAUUAGAGCUCUUGGAUUGUCUCAAGAAGCACUGCGUUCCACCUCCGCUAGUCCGGCAAUGACGGCAUCCCGUGGAACUCUAGAUUCAAUAAGUGAAAGUGCGAAUCACCCCAAUCCUGCAACGCCGAGUUCUUCGUCGUUUUUCAGGCCGAUUAGUACUGAUAGUCUAAAUAUCUCGCACUCGUCGAUCCCCGAAGAAGCGGUCGAAUUCCCUGAUCCUCCUGUCUUGCCCCCUUGUGAUUCUCCUCCUCACUCGCCUGAGGGGAGCUCACGGCCUAAACUUGAACCCCAAGCAAGUAUCGAGGUCGAAAUCCCAUCUGAAAUCUCUGGAAUCUUCGACAAGAUCAAGCGCGCGAGCACGGAUCCGCCAGAAGAAGAUGCUCCACCACCUCCACCAGAACCUGACGCAUGCCUUUUGCCCAAGGAUUAUUUUGACCCAAGUGGUUUGCUCAAACUGAAGGAGAAAGAAGCGAAUAAUGUGGACGAUUCGGACUCGGAUGAAACGAGCUUGAGCGAUGUCAUCAUGCAACAUGAGAAGAGAAUUCUAGACAUGGCGAACUUGAAGGAAGAAGUGAUUCUUGGCUACAGGGACAAUGAGUCUUUUGGCGAAAGCGUCAAUGCGAUCAUCAAGGACAAGUGCCCCAGAAACAUUGUUUCCAAAUACAUGCUGUUUGUCGAGGACAUCGAGUCGAAUUUCAAACUCAGGUCGAAAUUGGCUGGGCGGCUUAUGCGAGCCGAAGCAAGUUUAAAAAACGGAAGUCAUGAUCUCGCAACAACCGAAGCCCUAAAGCAAAAAUACCAAGUUCUGAAGUCGCAAAUGUCCGAAUCCGACAAGUGCUCCGAGCACUGUAUGCAAAGAGAGGCCUUUGUUACAGAAGCCCUACAGCGCCAGCUUGAGGCGGAGGAAUUCGACGAUUUCCUAAAAUACGUCCAGGAAAAGCGCCAAUAUCUCGACGAACAGUGCCAGAUCGAAGAAAAGAUCCGCGUCUUCGAAUCCCAACUGGCCCAGCUCAAGGAAGUCCGCAAUCAACCCACAAAUUAA